UGGCAAGCAAAAAUAACCUCACUUUUAAUUGUCACAAACUUUUUUGAAAUACUCUGGUGCGAAAAUUGUUUAAAUCGUUAUAAAAAUGGCUGAAGAUAAUGAAAUAGAUCAAUUAUUAGAAAAAACCAACCUGGAGUAUAUGUUGGAGUUCGAAACACAAAUAUUUCUGGACGUUAUACAUAAAGAUGGUUUGGUUAUUUGUGCAAAGGGUCUUAACUUGGAUUUAGUGAUAUUAAAUGUAUUAAAAGUGUAUUGCGAUCCAGGUAAUCUUGUUAUAGUAAUGAAUGCGAAUGAAAAUGAGGAAAAAUAUUUCGUUGAAAAAUUAAACAAUGAAAAUGUAUAUGUUACCACAUAUGAUUCACACACAACAGAAAGGGAAGAUAAUUACCUAUCAGGUGGUGUACAUUUUGUAACCACAAGAAUUUUGGUAUUGGAUAUGUUGAAAAAACGCAUACCAAUUGAAAAAGUUACAGGAAUUAUUGUUUUGAGGGCUCACAAGUUGCUGGAAAGUUGUCAGGAGGCUUUUGUGUUGAGAUUAUAUAGGCAAAACAAUAAAACUGGUUUUAUUAAAGCUUUUUCAAAUAGUGCACAAAGUUUCACAGUUGGGUUUGGACAUGUAGAAAGAAUUAUGAGGACUGUAUUUGUUAAAGAGUUGUAUAUUUGGCCCAGGUUUCAUUCCUUGGUAAUAGAAAGUUUAAAAAAGCAUCAGCCUAAAGUUUCAGAGUUCCACAUACCAAUUACAGAUAAAAUGCGAAAAAUACAGACGUUUUUACUGGAGUUGAUGAAUUUAACUGUAAAAGAGUUGAAGAAAAAUAAUAAAUCUGUUGAGUUGCAAGAAAUAUCAGUCGAAAAUUGUUUAACAAAGAAGUUUCACAAAAUAUUCCAAUUACAGAUGGAUGCUGUUUGGCAUCAACUCAGCAGCAAAAGUCAGCAACUAAUAGCUGAUUUAAAAACAUUAAGGCACUUAAUGAUUACUCUUUUCUAUGCUGAUUCAGUAUCAUUUUACUCACUAUUAUCUGGUUAUCGUACAAUGGAAUAUGCUAAAACUUCCACAUGGGUUUGGUUGGAACCUGCAGAAAUGCUUUUUUCCUUUGUAAACUCUUUAUUAUUUUGCGGCGAUAAAGAAUUUAAUGCCGAAAUAUGCCCCAAGUGGAAGUGUUUGCUAGACUUGGUGAAAACAGAAAUACCAAAUGAUAUCAAAAAAUCCAAAAGCAAGGAACACAAAAUACUAAUUUUGUGCUCAGAUAGCAGAACCUGUCACCAACUGAAAGAAAUUUUGGUUAAUGGACCGCACAAGUAUCUAUUCAGAAGAGCUCUGAUAAAAAAAGUUAAUUUUAAAAGCGUUAAUAAAAAAUAUGAAUCCUAUGAUAUGCCCAGGAUUGAGGAAGAACCAUCCACAUCUAAAAAGGCCAAGUUGGAUGAAACAACUGAUAAAAAAGAGGAUGAAGAAGAUGAUUUACAGAACAGUUAUUUAUUAACAAUGACCCAGACUUUUGUGGAAUCCAAUGAUGAGUCUUUAAAUGAUUCCGAGGUCCAAUUUGAGCCUUUUUCACAGAUGGAAAACAUGAACCUAACCCAAAUAUGCGAGUCAGUGGCGCAAACGCAACCCACAAUACUCAUACAGACUUUUAAAGGGGGCGAUAAUUAUAUUAGUUUGCAAAAAACACUGCAAGAUCUGAAACCUAAUUUUGUUAUUAUGUAUAAUACCAAUAUUACCGCCGUAAGGGAGUUGGAGAUGUAUGAAGCUCAUAGACAACAGGAUAUUCCCUUACAAGUUUUCUUUUUGCUUCAUAAUGAAACUGUAGAAGAGCAAAGCUACCUCACAUCGCUACGACGAGAAAAAGAAGCUUUCGAACAUUUAAUUGAAACAAAAUCGGUAAUAUUUUACCUUAAGUUGUCAAAAAACCUACCAACUUCUUUUUUAGAAAAUGGUCCGUUCCCGAGGAUCAAGAUGGCAAAUCGGGACAUCUGCGAGUUAUUGCAGAGAGAGUUGAAAUCGCCCACGAAAAACACCAGGCAAGGGGGCCAGGAGUCAGCACCGAAAAAACAAAUUGUUAUCGUGGAUAUGCGGGAGUUUAGAAGCGAAUUGCCCGCCUUAAUUCAUAAGAGAGGCAUCGAUAUCGAACCUUUAACCAUUACUGUUGGGGAUUAUAUUAUAACUUCAGAAAUUUGCGUGGAAAGAAAAAGCUUGUCGGAUUUAAUACAAUCCUUAAAUUCUGGUAGAUUGUAUCAGCAAUGUGUUCAAAUGUUUAGGUAUUAUACAAAACCAAUGUUGCUGAUUGAGUUUGAUCACAAUAAACCAUUUUCUUGGCAGAAUCAUUAUAUGUUGUCUGCAGAUUCCAUAGGAAACUUUCAAAUACAGCAAAAAUUAAUACUUUUGACAAUGCAUUUUCCAAAGUUAAAAAUUAUUUGGAGCCCCAGUCCUUAUGCAUCAGCACAGUUAUUUGAAGAAUUAAAGCAAGGUAGAGAAGAGCCAGAUAUUCCCUAUGCUUCCUCUAUAGGGGGUGAAGCAGAUAUGGAAACAAUAGAAACAAAAUAUAACUCUGGAAUUUACGAUUUUGUACAAAAAAUGCCCGGGGUUACUUCCAAAAAUAUCGAUAUUUUGCUAAGGAAAGUCAAAAGUAUGGAGGAAUUAAUUACAAAAACGCAGGAAGAAUUAAAGGAAAUAUUAGGAAACGACGUGGACGCCAAGUCGUUAUACUCAAUAUUACACGAAGAACAUGCCCCUAAAGAAGAAAUAGACACAAAAAAAUUAAAAGGAAAGGGCAGGCCCAAAUUUCAAAAAUUCGGAAAAAAACCAUCCAAAUAAUUAAAAUAAUAAAAAGUUUUACUUAAUUUAUUGUAAAUAAACUUAUAAAAAAAAACAACACAAAAAAUACUUUUAAUAUCACAUAUAACUUGCAUGAUAUAAACCUUAUCAAACUCAUUUAAAUACCAUAUAAUCAGCAAAAUAUGUGCAAAAAUAAAAAUUAAUUUUUUGUACAUAAAAUUAGGAAUGAUAAAAAUAUUAAAAUAAGUAUUCAAGGCAAGGAAUGCAAGUUGUUUUCCGUGUAUAAUUUGUCUAUUCUGUUAAAAAUUUGAGUUGUUGCUUCAAGAGUAGAUGGUAGUAAUUCGAGGGUUUUAUUUAUUUCUUCUUCUGAGCCACAAACCUAAAUUAAAUAUUUUAAAUAAUAAAGUAUUGUAAAGUAUUUUUAUUGCUUACCCUAUUGAGUAAUUCUCCCCUUUUUGGCAGUGUAUAAAUAGCCAAUUUAGCACCGUUUCUUAUCAAAAAAGUAUGAUGAUUCGCUAAAGUUUCUAAAUAAGACUCCUUACAAACAUAACAAGUAUCAUCUUCAUUGUUUAAAUCGCUUAACU